CUUCUUCUUCUUCUUAACUCUUCCAAAAUAGCAUUUUUACCUUUCUCAAGACAACAAACAAAACAAACAAUUCUUUUCAAAAAAAUAGUUUCUCAUAAAACCUCUGUUUUCUUGUUUCCUCAAGAGAGAUGCAAUAUUUUUAUUUGUUUUAUUCCUUAUGCUUCUGGGAAUUUUUAAUGGAACUUUAACUUGAUGCCAAGGCUUCUUCUCUUAUUGGACGAAAAUGCAGAGGAAGAAAGCAAAUAAUAAAAAAAUAACUGGAGCUAUGGCUGUUGAAGAGAUAGAGAAGGAUAAAGAAAGCAAAGAAGAUCAAGAAGAGAUAGAGCUUCACACGAACGACUUAGGCCUAGAACAUUCAUCAUCAUCAUCAUCAUCAUCAGGUGUACUUGGAAUCACAGUUAUGAUUGAUUCAGAUACAGACAACAGCAGCACUUAUUACAGUACAUGCAGCUCUUGCUCCCCUGACGACAACGAUAAAUCAGUAUCCUCUCCAUUUUCAAAUACUCCUAAUAAAAACGUUAUGUCUCCCUACCAUGGUGGUCUUCAAUGGAACAAAAUGAUUGAAUCCAUCAAGAAGAAGUCUAUUAGAAGAUUCACUGUCAUUCCUCUCCUCGCAAGUUACGAAUUAACACGUAAAAACUUGCGUCGCAAGCAACCUAAGUUCCCUUUCCCUCCCUCUGAGAAUGGAUUCCCCUGUGAACGUUUCUUUAUGCCUAAACCCUCUUGGAGAAACUUCACCUACGAAGAGCUCGCUGCAGCCACCGAUGAUUUCAAUCCUGAGAAUAUGAUUGGGAAAGGAGGACAUGCAGAGGUAUACAAAGGAGUCUUGCCUGAUGGAGAGACCGUGGCGAUCAAGAAACUUAUGAGUCACGCAAAGGAAGAAGAAGAAAGAGUGAGUGAUUUCCUCUCAGAGCUAGGUAUAAUCGCACAUGUAAACCAUCCAAACGCAGCUCGGCUACGCGGUUUCAGCAGUGAUCGUGGUUUGCAUUUUGUCCUUGAGUACGCUCCUCAUGGCAGCCUCGCUACUAUGCUCUUUGGAUCAGAGGAGUGUCUGGAGUGGAAGAUAAGGUAUAAAGUGGCUCUAGGUAUAGCUGAUGGUCUAAGUUACCUUCACAAUGUUUGCCCUAGAAGGAUCAUUCACCGUGACAUCAAAGCUUCUAACAUAUUGCUCAGCCGAGAUUACAAUGCUCAGAUUUCGGAUUUUGGACUUGCAAAAUGGCUACCAGAGAACUGGCCUCAUCAUGUUGUGUUCCCCAUUGAAGGAACAUUCGGAUAUAUGGCUCCAGAAUAUUUCAUACACGGCAUUGUUGAUGAGAAGAUCGAUGUGUUUGCCUUUGGUGUAUUGCUUUUAGAGAUCAUAACCAGUCGUAGAGCUGUUGAUACAGCUAGCAGACAAAGCAUUGUCGCAUGGGCAAAACCUUUUCUUGAGAAGAACAGUGUUGAGGAUAUUGUGGAUCCUCGACUAGGAAAUGAGUUUGAUCCAACAGAGAUGAAACGAGUGAUGCUAACAGCUUCAAUGUGUAUACAUCAUAUAGCCACAAUGCGACCUGACAUGACCCGGGUUGUGCAGCUGUUGCGUGGAGAAGACGGUACAGCUGAGAUACAGCAGAAGCUAGGUCAAGGAGGGGCGGUGAUUGUGAAUGCAUGCGAUUUACAGGAUCACACAUCCUCCUCAUACCUCAAUGAACUCAUCCGCCACAGACAACUCCUGAUGGAAUGAGUAGAAACAAUCAAACCGAACUUAAUCUCUGAUAUAACUAAUGUGUUUAUGCUCCCACUUUAGUCCCCUCCUUGUCUGAGUUUUUUGCUUUUUAUUAUUCUCCAUUGGUUGCUUCUUUUAUCUUCUCAACCAAACUGUGAAUAUCACCAACGUGUGUCUGUCUCUAUGUUGUUCCUACUAAACUUUGUUUAGUCUCAACCCCAAAGGAGUUGUCAAAUUUGUUACAUAGUCCAUUGUU